AUGCAUUUGAGCGCAAUUACUUUGACCGCUGCUUCAAUUGCUCUCGUUAGAGCUGCGCCUGCCGUUCCACCUAGCACUCUCCAACAAGCUUCUAUUGAGGUAGAAAAUGAUGUGGGUCGUCUUCUUUUGGAACCUCUUCCUGUAAACACCAGAGACGUUCCCCCAAGUCUUCUCCAAGAGACCUCGAUUGAAGUGGAGAACCUUGCUGGUAGUCUCAUUGCCAGAGGUGUCCCUCCUAGUCUCCUCCAAGAAACCUCGAUUGAAGUGGAGAACCUUGCUGGUGGUCUUAUCAGCGAGCCAGUACCUCUGAAGGCUAGAGAUGUUCCACCAAGUCUCCUCCAAGAAACCUCCAUUGAACUUGAAAAUCUUCUCGGAGGUCUCAUCAGCGAGCCAGUACCUCUCGGUGCCAGAGAUGUUCCACCAAGUCUUCUCCAAGAGACGUCGAUUGAACUUGAAAAUCUUUUGGGAGGCCUUAUCAGCGAGCCAGUACCUCUAGGCACCAGAGAUGUUCCGCCAAGUCUCCUCCAAGAGACCUCGAUUGAACUUGAAAAUCUUUUGGGAGGUCUUAUCAGCGAGCCAGUGCCUCUCGGCACCAGAGAUGUUCCGCCAAGUCUCCUCCAAGAGACCUCGAUUGAACUUGAAAAUCUUUUGGGAGGUCUUAUCAGCGAGCCAGUGCCUCUCGGCACCAGAGAUGUUCCACCAAGUCUUCUUCAAGAGACCUCGAUUGAACUUGAAAAUCUUUUGGGAGGCAUUAUCAGUGAACCUCUUUAA